UUCGCAAUUCCAUUACCCCAAAUUAUUCUCAAUCCAACUUCCCUCUUUCUCUGUUCUACCCUGAUUCAAACGGAAGCUUCAUCCCCUCUCUCUAUAGUUUCCAUCUUUCCUUCCAUAGUAUCUCUUCCUUCUUGUUUGAUUCCAGUCGCUGCAGCUUCCUCCCCCUUUGUCAAUUACUUUUGGUUUGAGUUGCGAAAUUGCAAUUGGGGAAUGUGUGGAGGACAAUGAACUACGAGCCCAUCCAAGUUCAUGCAGCGGUGACGACUUUUCAAUUUAAGUUAUUGAUGCUAACAACUUGAAUUGGCAAAGCGGUGAAUUGCUUAUGUUCUUCUGUUUGCAGCGUCAUCAGCAUGAGAUGAUGGUGUUGAGAUUACCAGGCUGGAAAAGAAAAUGACCAAUGAGUUUGAUAUCAAAGAUCUAGGGAAUCUAAAGUAUUUCCUUGGAAUGGAGAUGGCAAGAUCAAGGAAAGGGAUCUCUGUCUCACAACGGAAAUACACUCUUGACUUGUUAAAAGAAAUAGGUAUGACUGGAUGUAGAUCUGCUGACACUCCUAUUGAAUUCAAUGUGAAUCUAGGAGAUUCUGUUGACAAAGUUCCUGUUGAUAAAGAGAGGUAUCAACGUCUAUUGGGAAAACUGAUUUACUUAUCUCAUACUAGACAAAUAUUUCCUAUGCUGUCAGUGUUGUUAGUAAGUUUAUGUAGGUACCCUACGAAGAACAUAUGGAAGCUGUGAAUCAAAUUCUGAGAUAUUUGAAAAGCUCACUAGAUGAGAAUCAAAUUUCAAGAGGAGUGAAUAAAGAGAUGGUCCCCAGAUUUCUAAUUCAGCGUCUAACACCAUACUUCGCAGCACGUAUUCGAGAGAACCAAAGGCUUCUUAGCUCUUCUGUUUUAGCUCAUCAAGAAACCUCUUCUUCGUUGAUAACUCCAUCUGUGGGCAUUGAUACCAUCCACAUGACAGAUAAUUGCAUUCGGAGAAUGAAGGAAUUGCAAGAACCUAUGGAAGAAAAGAUGCUUCGUUUGAGUGUAGAAACUGGGGGAUGUUCUGGAUUUCAAUAUGUUUUCAAUUUGGAUGAGAAAACCAAUCCAGAUGACAGGGUGUGUGAGAAGCAAGGAGUUAAAUUGGUAGUUGAUAAUAUCUCAUAUGAUUUUGUAAAAGGAGCAACAAUUGAUUAUGUUGAAGAGCUGAUUCGUUCGGCUUUCGUUGUGACCACAAAUCCAAGUGCUGUUGGUGGCUGUAGUUGUAAAAGUUCUUUCAUGGUGAAACAAUAAUCACCACAAAGCUCUCUAUUUGCAUCCUUUCAGGAAGGCAUAGGAGCAAUAAUCAAAACUCUUGACUUGAAGAUAUGAUGAUUUUGUUUAUUAUUUGGUUGGUUAAUUUGAUGAGGCUUUUUAUCUAUGCCUAUUUUCAUGUAUCAUCAUUUUGUUUUCAUGUGCCGCUACUAUAUUAUUUGGGAUCUUCAUUCUUUAUUGCACUGAAUCAUGAUAGAGUUUAUUCUUGAAGCCAAA